AAUGUUUUCCUAUGUGUCCAUGUACACAUCAUCGUUUACAGGCAGUUGAGUUUACAGUCGGUUUUUGAACGCACCAAACUUGCAUUCAGGAGUAGAUUUUAUAAAUGUUUCGUGCAAACCGCACUUUAUCAAAGGGGUAUCAGUGUUUAUAAGCGUUUGCGUUUGGAAUUUUUUUUUAACUCUUUCAUUUCAAGAUGCUGUCCAGAGCCUUUUUUCAUCAUGAAAAAUGAAUGCAAAGCGUUUUCCCGGUACUCAAAUGGACCCGGUACACCAUACUUUGAGGUUUCACAUGAAAGAAAAUAUGUUAGA